AUGAGGCCCUUUCUCCUCGUCGCUCCUCUCGCCGCCCUCUUCGGCACUGCCGUCGCCGCGCCCUCGGGUGGCAACGACGCAGCCGGCGCGGCCCAGACCGAAUCGGAGACCAACGUGCCGACCGAGAGCCGCUAUAGUGCCUUUGCCAGCUUUGGCCAGCAGCUCGAAGACGCCCUUGUGCAAGACAUUGUCAACCUCUGGAACAGCGGCAAGACGGCCGAGGAUGUCCGCCAAGUGCGGGCGGCGGCCUCGCCCUAUGCCCUUGGCAUCAACAGCUUGGGCGACGUCGGCGCCAUCCUCAGCCGCCUGGGGCUAGGCGACCUCAUCAGCAAACGCUCAGAGGCCGGUGAUGCCAACCCUCUGCUGGGCUUGCUCGGGGGAGGAGAAGCCACCAAGAACGGCAGCAACGUGGCAGGAGGGAAGCUUGACCUCAAGGAUCUGCUGAAGAGCACGGGAGGCAAGCCAGACGUCAAGGCGCUCCUCGGCAAGCUCCAAGAGUCGCUGAAGAAGAGCGGCGUCAAGGACGGCGGCCGCAAACUCGGCAACCUGGUGGCAACCAUGUUCCCCGUCACCAGUCUGGUGGGCAAGCUUGGCCUCGGAACUCUGUCACCUCUUACCGUCACCGUCGACGCCCUGCUCUUGGCUCUCCUCGGCAUCGGUCCCACAGUGGGCAGGCUCCUGUUCAAUCUCGGACUCAUCGGCAUGAAGGAGCCGGCGAAAAUGAUGAUGAUGAUGUAA